AUGAGAGGCUCAAAGUUAAUAAGACCGGCACAGCAACUGCUGCAGAGCAGGCUGCAACAGCUCCCUGCUACCAAAACCCCCUCGAUAUCAACACAACUAUGGCAGAUCAGGUUAAACAGCUCAGACACAUCAUCGUCUUCUAUCACAACCCCCGAGGCGGCCACGAUAGCAGAUCUGCUUACUGAGGAGCUGGACCUUGAAACGCCUCCCAAGCCUCAGCUACAGGACUCACCUGUCAAAGAGACCCAAGAACAGCUCAACCGAUUCCCACGAAGUCUUCAGUCCCUCCACCUGCAGCCCCUCCGAAGGGAGACCGAGUACGGCAUUCCAUCGUGCGACCUCCAACUGCGGGCGUACAGUGCUCGCCCAAUCGAGUUCUUUAGCGACUUUGCCCUACGUGCGGCCUACUACCUAGGCCUCCCGGCCUUCGGCCCGACGCCGCUGCCGCGUAUAGUGCAGCGCUGGACGGUUCCGCGGUCGCACUUCAUCUUCAAGAAGUCGCAGGAGAACUAUGAGCGCAUCACGCUACGCAGGCUGAUUCAAAUCCGUGAUGGACACCCCGAGACUGUACAGAUCUGGCUGGCCUUUUUGCAGAAGCAUGCUUACCCUGGCGUGGGCAUGAAGGCCAACAUGUGGGAGUUUGGAGCGCUUGACGCGGCCAAGGAGAUGGACGAGGCUGCCAAGAGGGCUGCUGCUGACAUUGAAUCGAGCUGGGUGCACCUCGGCCAGAAGAAGCCGCUGGGUACCGUCAAGGAUGUCAAGGAGAUGCUGCAGAAGGAGAGAGUCACUUUGGCGGGCGGAAGGGACAUGUCGAUCAGGCCAAGUCCGAGGCUGGUGAGGCCCAUCAUUAACAGGCUGCAGCUUCAGCAGCGAUUCUCUGCAGCAACAUCAAAUUAUUCAACUUCUUCAACGUCACCACGCACACCACCAAAAGGGGCAAAGUUCGAGAUCCCCAAGGACUCAACCGUCUUCUCCGGCAUCCAACCGAGCGGCAUCCCGCACCUUGGCAACUACCUCGGAGCUCUGCGGCAAUGGCGGCGUCUGCAAGACUCGGCCGCCGCCGAGACCAGCUUGUACUUUUCCGUAGUGGACCUGCACGCCAUCACAAUGCCGCAGAAAUGUGACCAGUUGAGGCAGUGGAGGAGAGAGGCUUUGGCUGCACUGUUGGCUAUUGGUCUGGACCCGAAGAGGUCUGUGAUUUUUUAUCAAUCCUCCGUCCCAGCACACUCUGAGCUAAUGUGGCUUCUGAGUUGCAAUGCCUCGACGGGAUAUCUCUCCCGUAUGACGCAGUGGAAGAGCAAGCUGGAUCUAGGUAAUGGCGAGAGGCUGUCCCUAGACGACAAGAAGGUCAAGGCAAAGCUUAAGCUGGGUCUGUUCUCAUACCCAGUCCUCCAGGCUGCAGACGUUCUCGUACACAGAGCCACCCACGUUCCAGUUGGAGAGGACCAGGCUCAGCAUCUGGAAUUCGCCCGAGAAUGCGCGACAAACUUCAAUGCCAUAUACGGUAAACAACUCGUCGCUCCUGAAACCAUAAUAUGUAAGGUUUACAAUCUUUCCGUUCUCAGUGCUCAGCUCGUUGUCGCCCAUGUGUAUAAUGGCGUUGCUGACACGCACUCACCCCCUGCCACCCUUUGCCAACAACAAAAAAACAACACAGCACCAACAAGCAAAGUCAUGUCCCUCCGUGACCCCACUCAGAAGAUGUCCAAGUCCCACGCGGACCCCCGGUCCCGCAUCACCCUGACCGAUAGCGCGGACGAGAUCCGCAGUCGCAUCAAGACGGCCCUGACCGACAGCAUCGACACCGUCUACUACGACCCGGUCGCCCGCCCCGGCGUCGCCAACCUGUUUGAGCUGCUCAGCACGUUUGGCAAGAGCGGCUUGGAAGCGGCCGAGCUCGGCGGCGAGGGCGGGCCCUUUGCCGGCGCUUCCAUCCAGGAGCUCAAGAGUGCCGUGGCCGACGCCGUCGUCAAGGGCCUCGCGGGGAUCCGGGAACGAUACCUGGAGAUCCUGGCCAAGGAUGACGGCAAGUAUCUGGACGAGGUUGCACUCGAGGGUGCAGUUAAGGCACGCGCAAACGCCCAAAAGACUAUGGAGGUUGUGCGCGCUGCCAUUGGGCUUUCGUGA